CAUCCUUUGCAUAUAUAUUAUAUCCUCUUGUUAUCACAACCAUAACUCUCUCUCUCUAUAUAGUUAUGAAGAGAAACUGCCGUUUGGAACUCCGACUUGUGCCGCCGGCGCCGCAGUGCCCAUUCAUAUUUUCCGACCACCGUCAACAAGAUCCCAGUGACGAAAUAAGUACGGUGGAUGGAGAUUUAAAGGAGAAGGAAAACCAGCAGCUAACUAUAAUUUAUGACGGGAAGGUUAGCAUUUGUGACGUUACAGAGCGUCAGGCAAGGGCAAUAAUAAAGAUAGCAAGUGAAGAGAUGGAUGGUAAAUGGAUAAAAUCACCAGGUUCACCAUUAAUGUCCCCUAGCCAAGGUGGUCUUUCAAUGAAGAGAUCUUUACAACUGUUUCUUCAAAAGAGAAAGCAUAGAAUUCAAUCAACAUCUCCUUACAAAACUCAAUGACCUUGUACGUGCAAUUUCCGAUAAAUAAUCCCCUUGCCCAUGUGUCGCUCGUGAGUCAUGUGACAUAUCAUGUAUUAGUAUGUAAUAAAAUGUUUCUAGAUUUAGAAAAAUUGAAGAAGAUGAAGAGAAAUGAUGUAAGAAUGAGGGCAUGAAUGAUCAAGACACAUAGUAAAUAGUAAAUAGACCGCAACUAAAUUUUCUUUUUAUCGACUAA